AUGUCACAGUUCUCCACCAUGACAACCGGGGAGAGGAAAAUGCAGGCGGCAGCCAUCUGCAGGGAGGUUCAAGCCCAGGAAGACAUAGAGAUGGAUCUUGGGAAGAAAAUGAACGUGCCUAAGGACAUCAUGCUGGAGGAGCUGUCUCUUGCCUCAAACCGGGGCUCUCGCCUCUUCAAAAUGCGCCAGAGACGCUCAGAAAAAUACACUUUCGAGAGCGUCCAUAAUGAGAACAACAAACAGCUCAAUAACAUGAUAGUUUCUCACACUGAGAAUGGGAGUGCCACGGACCACCACAGCGGCGAGAACAACGUGGAUGUUGACCAAUCUCCUGCUGUGCCAGCUGACACACCAGAUACACGCAUGGUGCCAAAUCCAGACCGCAUCGCCCCGGGGUACGGAGGUCCUUUGAAAGACAUCCCUCCGGAGAAGUUCAACAGCACAGCUGUACCGAAGUCCUACCACUCGCCCUGGGAGCAGGCCAUCAUCAGUGACCCGGCCUUGGCUGACAUCCUCACCACCCAAAUGCCGGAGCCGGAGCCCAGACCGGACCUGCCAGGGUACAAAAGUUUUAACAGGGUGGCGACCCCGUUCGGCGGUUUCGGCAAAGCAUCCAGACCUGCACCCGUCAAGUCCCUCCUGGUGGAACCCCUCCCUAACUACCCCGAGCUCCAGGGAGACGCGGCGGUAGAUCGACCCUCCUUCAACAGAUCUGCCCUGGGCUGGGUGUCGACCGGCGAUCCUAUCCCCCUCUGUGCUGUUUCCCUUGAGCCUGUGCUCAUCCCUGAGUCAGAGGACCUCUGA